CCAGAUGAAUCUAGACACUAUUGAGAACAGAUACAUAUAAAAAUUAGUUUAUAUGAAUUGAACAUAUACAAAAACUUUUCUUUGUCCACUAUAUAUUAGAGUUUAAAAAAAUAGAUAUAUAUAGGCCGGUUUUGAGAUUUUUGGAUCUCAAACCUUAAAAAAUUCGGUAGUUAGUUGAGAUAUUAAAAAAUAAAAACAAAAAAGGCAAACCGAAGAUGACAAACAUAAUUUGUGGUUCUGUAAAAAUGUACCCAAGACCCUCUUGGGACGAAAAAGAGGAGUUUGUUAGAUAUCUUGAUACUCAAGUAAUUAGAUCGAAGGUUAUUAGUAGCAUAAAUUCGUUAAACAAUAUUAGCUAAUAAGAAUUAGGAUAUGAUUAUGAAUAUAGGUGUUAGGGUCGGCCCUGAGAUUUUAUGGGUCUGACCUUAGAAAAAUACUUGUGGUCUAUUACUCUAUUUAGUGUUAAGGAAGAAAGAAAGGUUAACCAAACCGUUGCUGACUAUUGGACUCCAUAUAGGCCCAGUACGAUACCCAUGCAAAGUUUUUGUUUCCUUUUGUAUCUCCUCUACGUAACGUUUUUUUCUCAAAAAUUGAUGUUUGGAUUUUUGUAUGGGCCAAUCUUUUCUCUAUAUUGGGUCAUAUAGUAACUGAAUUAAUAUCUAUUUUUAAUCUAUAUUUACGAUAAUGUAAUAGAAAACUUAUAUAAAUUGUUUAGUGGAUUUGUUUUUAUAAAAACAGAAAAAAGGCCUUGUAAAAACUUAUCCAAAUUUAUAUUCAAUAGUCGGCGUUCAAGGGCACUAUAUAAACCUUGUUAGAGGUUGAUACCGUUCAUUGAUUAUCUCUCAUUGCACGUUCUUGUUUUCAAUAUCCUGAGAUCUUAUUUGGUUCGAGGAAAUAUAUAAGAAGAAGAAGAAGAUGUCGAUGGUUGAAGAAUUUUACGAUGAAGAGGAAGAGCUGGUUGGCUUUAGAUUUAAUCCUUCAGAAGAAGAACUCAUACUCGACUAUCUUCUACCUAAGCUUGGCUUCUACCAACCAAAAACGAUAUAUUUAUUAGAAGACAAGGACGAGAUCUACGCCAAAGUGCCGUGGCGGCUUAAACACACAGAGAAUGGUAUUUUUGAACCUAACGAGUGGUUUUACUUCGUGAAAAAGACAAACCGCAAAGUUAAAGGUUGGAAAGCCACUGGAGGGUUGAAAGAUGUCUUGUCCAAAAAAAACGGUAAAGUGAUUGGGAAGAAGAGAAAUCGCAGUUUCUACGUUGAAGGUGAACGGAGUGGUUGGACCAUGACAGAGUAUUCUUCCAUCGGCAACCAAAACCAACUUCUCUGCCACCUCAAAGGACCGUGAACAUCCCUAUAAUGAUUAUGGAAGACGAUGACUUGGUUUUCUUUUUUUUAGGUAGCUACUCAUUAUUUUAUUUCAUUGUGUCUCGUUUGAAGAUUCUUCUGGAGUCUUAGAUGUUUUCUUGUUUAUUUUGAUGUUUCGUUUUAUUCAUUAGUGUACACUUUUAAGUCGAGGAGAGUCUCAGAUGUUUUCUUGUUUAUUUAAAGGAAUAAAGAUCAUUCAAGUUUCUUAUGAGGAGCUUUGCAACUUUUCACAUGUUUUCUUUUCUUUUUCAUAGAUACACAAAGAAUGUUUAAUUUCCUUUUUUCCGAGGAAGAUAGUACCAUUCUCCAUUCAAAUCUAAUAUGAGAAUAAUGAUAUAUUAAUAUUUACUUGUGAAAUAUUCGAAAUAAAGCUUGUAUCUAAACUCUAAA